AUGCUAUCGUUAUCAUCAUCAUCAUCCCCCGGAAGCUCCCUCUUAUGGCGGAACCCUACAGCUCCACCUGCACCUCCGCCUUCGUUCAAAGCUCUCUGCUUUCCCUUCUCUUCCAGUUUGAGGUUUAUUCACCGAACCACGGUUUCUUCUCUUUCUUGUUCAGCUGAAAUCUCCUCGGAUAUUGCCCUGGCGCAGAGUCACCCUGCCCCUGAUUUCAAUCCUUGGUCGGAGUUCGCUCGAAAUGUGUCUGGCGAAUGGGACGGUUUCGGAGCUGAUUUUUCGCGGGAAGGGCAACCGCUUGAACUACCUGAAUCAGUGGUUCCAGAAGCCUUUAGAGAGUGGGAAGUGAAGGUGUUCGAUUGGCAGACGCAGUGCCCCACCCUCGCCCAAUCCGACGCACAGACCUUUCUUUACAAGUCCAUCAAACUCCUUCCCACCGUUGGAUGUGAAGCUGAUGCAGCCACCCGUUACAGCAUCGAUCAGAGGAGCAUCGGGGGCAGCAAAUUGUCUGCAUUAGCGUUUUCUUAUUCUGCCAGUGGCUCCUAUGUCGCUGUGUGGCCUCUGGGGAACGACCAGCUAGAGUUGGAGCAUUGCCUGAUCAAUCCAAACGACAAGGAGUCUCGUGUGAGGAUUUUCCAGGUUGUCCGCUUAGCUGAGUCCAAAAUGUUGUUGCAGAGUGUCAAAGUUUUCUGUGAGCUGUGGGAUGGUCCGUUCAGAAAUGGCGAUCAGCUCGGAGGCUGUGCCAUCCGUAGCUCCGGGUUUGCUUCUACACCUAUCACAGCAGCUUCAGUGGUAACUGGUUCUUGGAGAGUUCUACUCGCUACCACUACCUUUCAUGCCUCUGAUUCCGGUUGUAUUCAACAAGUUACUGGCGAGAAGGUGAUUGAGAUUCUGAGAGAAGAAAAGGAUAUAAUGUUGCUCCCGAAAGAUCUCUGGUGCUCAAUCCAAGAAAGCAAAGACCGUGGAAGAAUAUUUUCAGUAGGAUGGUUGUUUGAGCCAGGCCAUGCAGUCACAUCCAGCUGCGUCUUCUCCAGCGAUUCUAAGCUAAAGGAGGUAACAAUGGGAAGAGAAACUGCUCGAUCAGAUGAAUGA